CCGUUGGUCGCUCGACGUCCCUCCAUGAAAGACGUCCAUUCAUUUUUACGAAUUGUAGCAUUAAAUUAAAUGUUUUUGCUGUUUCUUGUCGACUAACUCAGGAUGAUUGAACCUAAGAAGAGAGCCGCGGACAUGGCGGUGGUUCCUGCCGCCGUGAAGCGGCCCCGGACAGAGUUGGUGGCGGCGGCUCAGUCUCAGCAACUCGUGGCCAUGGGUCCCCCACGGAGCUCCAGCCUGCAGGCCCCCAUUAUGUUGAUGUCUGGCCACGAGGGCGAGGUCUACUGCUGCAAGUUUCACCCCAAUGGAGCCACGCUGGCCUCCUCAGGAUUUGACAGGCUCAUAUUGAUGUGGAAUGUGUAUGGAGAUUGUGACAAUUUUGCCACUCUGAAGGGCCACAGUGGCGCAGUGAUGGAGCUGCACUACAACACAGAUGGCAGUAUGCUGUUUUCGGCGAGUACAGACAAGACUGUCGGUGUGUGGGACAGUGAAACAGGCGAGAGGAUCAAGCGUCUGAAGGGCCAUACCUCCUUUGUUAACUCCUGCUAUCCGGCCCGCCGAGGGCCACAGCUCGUCUGCACCGGCAGCGAUGACGGGACAGUCAAGCUGUGGGACAUUCGUAAGAAACAGGCAAUCCACACUUUCCAGAACACCUACCAGGUGUUGGCUGUGACGUUCAAUGACACCAGUGAUCAGAUCCUGUCAGGAGGCAUCGACAACGACAUCAAGGUGUGGGACCUGAGGCAGAACAAGCUGAUCUACAAUAUGCACGGCCAUGGCGACUCAGUAACUGGACUCAGCCUGAGCUCUGAGGGAUCGUACCUUCUCUCAAACUCUAUGGACAACACAGUGCGUAUUUGGGAUGUCCGGCCAUUUGCACCCAAGGAGAGAUGUGUGAAGAUUUUCCAGGGCAACGUUCACAAUUUUGAGAAGAAUCUGCUGAGGUGCUCCUGGUCUACUGACGGCAGUAAGAUCGCUGCCGGCUCAGCUGACAGAUUUGUGUACAUCUGGGACACCACAUCACGCAGAAUCCUGUACAAGCUGCCGGGCCACGCCGGCUCUGUCAACGAAGUGGCCUUUCACCCAGAGGAGCCCAUAGUGCUGUCUGGCUCCAGUGAUAAGCGGCUCUACAUGGGAGAAAUUCAGUAGGGUGUGUGUGAGCGCGUGUGUUAACUUGGAUCAAUGUGUGUGUGUGAGAGUGUGUGUUAACUUGGAUGAGUGUGUGUGUGUGUGUGCGUGUGAGUCCUGUAAAAGCGAGUGUCCUGCCUCAGAAGUGGAUGGGUGGUGUUCAGCAGCGGGUUAGGAGUCUCUGUAAUUUCAUGUGAUUCAGCUUGUCACAGAACAACCUCAGGACGUGUUUGAAGUUUAUUAUCAGUCACAACAACCUCCAUGACUUGUUUUUUAUUCUGGUUUCUUUCUUUUUA